AUAAGGCGUGCAAAGAUGAGUCAGGAAAAUAAGCGUUCAAAUUUUGAAGAGCCAGCAAUGCGCAUUACUCGUGCACGGGCUAAGGCCUUAGGCCAAUCUGGAGGACUGCCGCCACUUUACCCUUCUUCCAAACCUAAUGAUAAACGAGUCCUUCGUCCAAACUUCAAAAGAACUGCACCUGAUGAAAACAAACCUGUUACUACUGCUGCUGCUUCUUGUCAUCAACAUAAGAAAAGGGCUGUACUUAAUGAUGUAACUAAUAUAAUCUGCAAAAAUUCUUACAGAAGGUGCAUCAGUUCACCCAAGCUACAGGAGAAAAAGCACUCUAUCAAGAGAAAUGCAAAGGUGGUACCUGCUGCUCGUGGAGAAAAACCUGAGAAUAAAGAGGAGAAGAUUGAGAACAUAACUUGCGAAAUGAAAAUAAAGGCAGAGGAAAAAAUUAACCUGUCAGAAAAUAUCAGAGUGUGCAUGGGUAUUAAAUCAAAUGAAGCCAUCGGCAUAAGAGGCUGUCUUGUAGCAAAUCUUGCCACCUAUAAAGCAGAACCACAGCAAGGAUGAUGAGCCCCAGAAUCAGCCAAAGAGAG